CGUUUUUAACUAUGCAUGUCAGUGUGAGAGUACGGAGAAACUUUGUAACAACGUCUUAAGUGAUUUAGUAUAUUCGUGCGUCAAGCGCCGGGAGGAGGUUUGUGAUAUUUAUGAAUAUUUCACCAGUAUAGCGGGUGGGCGGAGGCACGGAACCAAUGAGAUGAGAUGGUCUGCUGAACUGCCGUCAUUAUUCGCGUGAAGAGAGCAGACAGAAGAGCGCUCUUCUCCCAAACCGAAAGAGCUUGAGUAAUUAUAAAGUUCAGUAUAGGAUAAUGCGAGUCGAAAUGCCCGAGAUGAAUUCAUUCACACUGGGUGCUUUACAGAAGCACAUCACCUCUGUGAGCAGCGCAGGUUACCAGCACAGUUCUCUACUGGAAUGUGUAUAAUGAAGGUUACUGGGAAAGAGAAGAGCAGAGAUGUCGGUGCCUUUGCUGAAAAUUGGAGUAGUGCUCAGCACGAUGGCGAUGAUCACCAACUGGAUGUCGCAAACGUUGCCCUCGCUAGUAGGUCUGAAUAGCACUAAAUUAAGCGUGGCACCUCCGGGUGUGCCGGACCGGAGCACUGGCGUGCUGCCUGCUAACCCAGAGGAGUCGUGGCAGGUGUACAGCUCAGCUCAAGACAGUGAGGGCAGGUGUGUGUGCACUGUUGUGGCUCCUCAACAGACCAUGUGUUCACGGGAUGCCAGGACCAAACAACUGAGACAGCUCUUGGAAAAAGUCCAGAAUAUGACUCAGUCCAUUCAGAAUCUUGACCAGAGGACUCAGAAAGACCUGCAGUAUGUGCAAAGAAUGGAGGUGCAGUUGAGGGGCCUGGAAUCAAAGUUCAAACAGGUGGAGGAAAGCCACAAGCAGAAUAUCGCCAAGCAAUACAAGGCCAUAAAAGCGAAAAUGGAGGAACUUAGGCCAAUGAUACCAGUGUUGGAGGAAUACAAGGCCGAUGCAAAAUUGGUAAUGCAGUUUAAAGAGGAGGUCAAGAAUCUGACAUCAGUGCUAAGUGAACUGCAGGAGGAGAUCGGAGCCUUUGACUACGAGGAGCUUCACAACAGGGUGUCUAAUCUUGAGGAGAGGCUUCGUGCAUGCAUGCAAAAAUUAGCUUGUGGGAAGCUGACAGGAAUAAGUGAUGCGAUAACCAUAAAGACAUCUGGAUCAAGAUAUGGGUCCUGGAUGACUGAUCCGCUUGCUGCUGAUGGUGAUACGAGGGUGUGGUACAUGGACGGUUACCACAACAAUCGCUUUGUCCGGGAAUACAAGUCCAUGGCCGACUUCAUGUAUUCAGACAACUUCACCUCACAUCGCCUUCCUCACCCCUGGUCUGGCACAGGGCAGGUGGUCUACAACGGCUCCAUCUACUUCAAUAAGUUCCAAAGCAACACCAUCAUUAAAUUUGACUUCAAGACAGCCACGAUCAGCAAGUCCGGUCAGCUGGAUUACGCCGGCUACAACAACCGUUACCACUAUUCCUGGGGAGGUCAUUCUGACAUUGACCUAAUGGUGGACGAAGGUGGGCUUUGGGCCGUCUAUGCGACCAAUCAAAACGCAGGAAACAUUGUCAUCAGCAAGAUCAACCCGUUGACCCUGCAGGUGAUCAAAAGCUACACCACCAACCACCCAAAGAGGAGUGCAGGCGAGGCCUUCAUGAUCUGUGGGACUCUUUAUGUCACCAACGGAUACUCAGGAGGGACAAAGGUCUACUAUGCUUUCCAUACUAACUCCUCUACCUACGAGUAUAUCGACAUCCCCUUACAGAACAAGUAUUCCCAUAUCUCCAUGCUGGAUUAUAACCCUAGGGACAGAGCUCUUUACGCAUGGAACAAUGGACACCAGGUGCUGUAUAACGUCACCUUGUUCCACGUCAUUCGCUCUGAAGAACUCUAAAAUGACAUUCUCCAUCCCUUUGACAUAUAUAGUAGCACUGAUGGAGUUUAUUACUGAAAAAUAGAGUAAUGCCUGAUGAUUGUUCAAUAAAAGAAGACUUAAAAAUGUAUCAAAAGUAAUAGUCGAUGGCAACAUUAUCAACAGCUGCCAAAAGGUCUUUCUUUCUUUUUUAAGCUUUCCUUAGAUGAUUGUGUUUGAAUUUUCACUGCAAAAAAUCUAUUAAUUAGUAUUUUUGUCUUACCAGUCCAGUAAAAAUAUUGAAACAUUCUUAAAACAAGAUCAGUUUACUUAAGAAGCAAUAAUGCGUAACUUUUUUAAAUUUAAAGGGGACAUCGGAUGCUUAUUUUGCCACAAGUUGGUAUGAUUCUUUAGGGUCUUCAUGAAAUGUCUUCAGCAUACUUUGGUUAAAAUUCCUCAAUGGUCAUGUAAAACCACACCCUUUUUACCUUGUCAAAAACAGCUCUGUUCACAGUGACCCAUAUCGGUGUAUGUCUCUUUAAGUGAUAAUGAGCUACCGCUCACUCCGCCCUCUGUUGUUUUUUGUGUAUUCAGUGACAAAACACCUGCAUUGCUUAUGAGACGUUGCUACAGCUAUUUGAGCACGAAGAAAAUGGACAGCGUACAAAUGGCUGAGGGCGGGAAUAUGCUAAUAAGAGACAGUCCAUCUGUGGUCGUGGGUGGGGCUUGAGCAAUAUGACAUCAUACUGCUCAGAAAGUCAAAACGGCUUGAUAAUUGAGAUGUUUAGGUAUUUUGAGGAUUUAGAAAAAGGAAUAAAUGAGACUACUAAGACACAUUUAUAUUCAAACACCAUUUAAAAGUGAAUCUUGCAUCCGAUGUCCCCAUAGCUGAAAUUAUAAAUACUGUAUAAUAUCUGAAAACAAACCCAGUUUUGCUUCAAGUAAAUUUAUGUUGUUUUUAGGUAUAUUUAGAUAUUUUAACUGCAAAACAAAAACACUGAUUAAUCACAUAAUUUUUUACGGUGUUCUUGUACUUGUACAGCUUUACGAACAUGAUUUAGUUACACACUAGAGGGAAAAGAAGAGUGACGCAAGAAAGAUGUCAUUUAGUUACCCAGUUAUGUCCUUUGUAUCGAGAGCAAUCAAAACUAUUUAACAUCAACUAAAGAGCCGAAGGCACUGACUGUUGGAGGCACUCUGUUAAAGAACUGCAGCGUGUUGUUGUGACUGUAUGUAGUUCCUGAUUUCCGCAACGAUUUGCAUGAACAUUUUUAGCACUACGAUUCACAUGAUUGUAUUUCUUUUCUAGCAGUAGUAUGAACCUUGUAUGUGAAAAAGAGAUUAGAUUAGUGAUGGGUUUGCUAUUCUUGCCAUGUUUCAUUUUUUGCUGUAUCUUUUGUGUUCUUUUUUAAAUUUGUGUUCAUAAAGUGACUCUUAAAUAGUAGGAUGGAUUGUAAGAAAAAGAAGCCAAGAGUAUAUAUAUAGAUAUAACUUGUCAGCAAAAAAAAAAAAAAAAAAAAAGACAAUGUGAAAAAAUGUAUUUACAAGGUAUUAUUCUUUGACUGUAUUUCAAGACAGAUUCAUGUGUCAGCUGUUAGAAGAAUUAGACGGCAUCAUCUAAAACUGUUACGCUUGCAUCCGUGUUGUACUUGCAAUGUGAUUCAUAUCAAUAAAGCCAGUCUUUAUUUUA